UCGGUCAUGUGAUCAGCUGUGUCCAAUCACAGCUGAUCACUGAUGAUCAGUGUGCCCUGAUGAUCAGUGUGGCCCCAGCAGCGCCACCUGUCAGUAUCCAUCAGUGCCUUGUGUCAGUGCUCAUCAGUGCGUCGUGCCAGUGCCCAUCAGUGCCACAUCAAUGCCACAUAUCGGUGCCUACCAGUGCACAUCAAUGCCACAUAUCAGUGCCCAUCUGAGCUGCCUUUCAGUGUCACCUAUCAAUGCCAAUCAGUGCAACCUAUCAGUGAUGCCAAUCAGUGCCACCUAACAGUGCCAGUCAGUGCCGCCUAUCAG